GAAAAAAGGAAUUAAGUAUUCCUAAAUUCAUAGGAAGUAGCAACCUUACAUCACAUGGGUAGGUGAAGGCGAGAGAGAGGCAGUGACACUACGAGGAGCCAAGGAAAAACUAAAAAAACCCGACCUUUCCCUUUCGCCAAAGGAUCAUCAAACUGACCCAAAUCAAAGCAGUUUGACACAGUUGUUGUUGUUGGUGUGCCACCUUCCUUAUAUUACACAUUUACACCCAUUCUUAUCAUUCUCAAUUCUCAAUAUUAUUACACUUGUUCACUUUUCAAACCCAUCCCUUCUUCUGCUGUCACAACUUCAACACCCUCGAUCUUAAGAUGGCUCCUUUGGCCUUGUCUCAGAUGGCUGCAACUGUUCCUGUUGGCAACGAUUUGACUCUCAGAAGAUCUGCGUUUAAGGCCCCUAGCUUAAACUUCUCCAAUAAAUCAUGGGCACCAGUAUUUACUUUGGACUUGAAGGCAAACAACUCUUGUUUGAGAAGUCGACAAGUGAUAUGCAUGUCAGUGCAACAAGCAAGUGCACCCAAAGUUACUGUCUCACCUUUAGAAUUGGAAGAUGCUAAAGAACCUCCCUUGAACCUAUACAAGCCUAAAGAACCCUAUACAGCAACAAUUGUUUCUGUUGAGAGGCUAGUGGGACCAAAGGCUCCUGGGGAAACUUGUCAUAUUGUGAUUGAUCAUGGUGGGAAUGUUCCCUACUGGGAAGGACAAAGUUAUGGUGUCAUUCCACCAGGUGAAAAUCCAAAGAAACCUGGGGCUCCCCAUAAUGUCCGACUAUAUUCAAUUGCUUCCACAAGGUAUGGAGACUUUUUUGAUGGUAAAACAGCGAGCUUGUGUGUGCGCCGUGCUGUUUAUUAUGAUCCCGAGACAGGAAAAGAAGAUCCAUCCAAGAAUGGCAUUUGUAGCAACUUUUUGUGUAACUCAAAGCCUGGAGACAAAAUUCAGAUCACAGGCCCUUCAGGAAAGAUAAUGCUUUUACCUGAGGAUGACCCUAAUGCUACCCACAUCAUGAUUGCCACCGGUACCGGUGUCGCUCCAUUCAGAGGCUAUCUGCGUCGAAUGUUCAUGGAAUCAGUCCCUACAUUCAAGUUUGGUGGACUGGCAUGGCUUUUCCUUGGAGUUGCCAAUUCUGACAGUCUUCUCUAUGAUGAUGAAUUCAGCAAAUACCUCAAGGAUCACCCGAACAAUUUCCGCUAUGACCGAGCCCUUAGCAGAGAACAAAAGAACAAAAAUGGAGGCAAAAUGUAUGUUCAGGAUAAGAUUGAGGAGUAUAGUGAUGAAAUCUUCAAACUCCUGGAUAAUGGGGCCCACAUUUAUUUCUGUGGUCUAAAAGGGAUGAUGCCUGGGAUCCAAGACACACUGAAGAGGGUUGCUGAGCAAAGAGGGGAAAGCUGGGAAGAGAAGCUUUCACAGCUUAAGAAGAACAAACAAUGGCAUGUUGAAGUCUAUUGAGAUUCUCUAGUGCAGAUUGCAGAGUAGUCCCCUUUGUCUGAAAGGAGAAAAAAACAAAAACAAAACAGAAACAUUUUCAUUUGGUACAUUUCAUUAAUAAUAUUCAUUAAGCUGCUUGAGUAGCUGUACUUGUUCUGUAUUAGUAAAUUGCAAUGAUAUAUUGUCUUCUUAUGGAUACAGAAUUGAAAAUCCAUGUCAAUGGUGGUGGCAAUAUUGUAGAGUCCAUUUUGUUAA